CCGCUCACCGCCCCCCGGGUCUUUCUCUGCGCGGCGGUGACGGUGCAACAGUCUUCGGUCGUCCCGAGCGGGUUCAUCCGACACCUUCACCCCAGCCGAGACACUACCAAACCUGCAGCAACAUGCCGCCCAAGUUCGACCCCAACGAGAUUAAAGUCGUGUACAUGAGAUGCACGGGAGGAGAAGUCGGCGCCACCUCCGCCCUGGCCCCCAAGAUCGGACCCCUGGGUCUGUCUCCUAAGAAAGUGGGAGACGACAUCGCCAAGGCAACCGGGGACUGGAAGGGCCUGAGGAUCACGGUGAAGCUGACCAUCCAGAACCGGCAGGCCGCGAUCGAGGUGGUUCCCUCAGCGUCAGCUCUGAUCAUCAAGGCUCUGAAGGAGCCGCCGCGGGACCGGAAGAAGGUCAAGAACAUCAAGCACAGCGGCAGCGUGACCUUCGAUGAGAUCGUGGGAAUCGCCCGCGUCAUGAGACACCGAUCCAUCGCCCGGGAGCUGGCCGGAACCAUUAAGGAGAUCCUCGGUACCGCCCAGUCCGUCUCAGUUCUGGUUCUGAUUCUGUUCUGUUUCCUCAGGAACCAUCAAGGAGAUCCUCGGUACCGCCCAGUCCGUCUCAGUUCUGGUUCUGAUUCUGUUCUGUUUCCUCAGGAACCAUUAAGGAGAUCCUCGGUACUGCCCAGUCCGUCUCGGUUCUGGUUCUGAUUCUGUUCUGUUUCC